AUGGUUCCUGAACUGCCAUCAAUUUUGCCCCCAGCUAGGUCCUCCUACCAGAGUGCGGCUACCAGCACGGCAGGUUCAGACAAUGCAGUCGACGCGCAGAUUACGUUCCCUACGAUUAGGUCGCUUCGCCAGGGCUGCUGGUUAGUCAACUUCCAGCCGAUUGGCGCGCCUUUGGUAGCCUAUGACGGGACCAUGCGGGUUGAGGCAAACUCAGGAGGCAGAGUAGCGAGCGGUGAUCUUUAUCAACGACCGACUAUUACUUUACCUCCUCGACCAGGCUAUCCUAGCGGUGCUACUGUCCUUGGCCCUGGACCGACCCCAGAUGGUGGGAUUCCAAUACUACCACUGAAUAAGUACCGAUAUUAUCUUUCGAUUACUAAAAUUGUCGAGGGUGUGACUGCCAGAGACUCGCUCGAACUUGGAUUUCAGCGCUGGCGAUAUAUAUUGCCGAGCUCGACUAAUCCCAACGGGUCUUGGGCGAAUGAGGGCGACUUCACCGCUAAUAUGAUGUGGAUAGCCGCUCCGGUGGGAUACCCUUCAACAGGGCACUACCUUGAGGGAGACAUUAAGAAUCCGGCCGGUGCUGUAGUCGGCCGGCUUAAGAUGGGCUGGGUGUCGCCAUACUACCGCAAGGCAUCUAUUGAGAUCGACACCGUCAAAGGCUCUGAGCGCCCCCUUGACAAUGGCGCCAAUGAGGAUUGGCAUACCAUCGGCUCCAAGAUCGGCUGGGAAUUGACAGUUUUUCCGAGCCAAGAUGAUAUUGCUGAGACUAGUGGAGAAAGUUGGUCUGACGCUGAACUCCAUUCAGCUAUGCUGAAGUGGAGAGACCGGAGCAACCUUGACAUCGAAUGGCGAUAUCAUAUCUUGGCCGUGUGGCGUAUAGAAUCAACCCCGCGCGGAAUCAUGUACGACUCGGGUGCGACUGAUUCCAAUAAAGUUGCUCGAGAGGGCGUUGGUAUCUCGUCUCACUGGAUCCCUGAAAAAAACUUCGGACUAGUCAAUGGAAAACGCUGGGGCGGAGAAAAUGCUCCUUACUUCCGAACCGCAGUACAUGAGAUUGGGCAUGCGCUCGGUCUCUUGCACAAUUUCAACAAUCAGUAUUUUAUGGAUACAAGCGAUCAGAUCGCAAGAACAGGAGACCUAACACCGCCAAAGUUUCCCCAGAAUAUUAAAUGGGAUUUUGCUGAGAAUGAUGUCCGCCAACUGCGUCACUAUUCUGAUAUCUUUGUGCGUCCGGGUGGCGUCCCAUUCGCUGCGGCUUCUGAGACAACUCCGCCGAUCUCACAGCCAGAUAUGGAGGUUGAGGUUCCAGAGCUGGAGUUUGAGGUAGAGCCACUGCUUGCAGUAGUACCGCUUGGGGCGCCGGCUCGAGUUACUGUGAAGCUGACUAAUAACAGCGAUGGCCCUGUGCGGGCGCCUUCAAAUAUUAGCCUUAAAUCCGGCUUUGUGACCGGAUAUGUUGUUGACGCUUCAGUCACACACAGGUCAUUCAGACCACUCGUGCUUACCGAUGACAACCCACUGGAGGACCUGCAACCGGGUGAAAGUGUUACGAGCGCGUUAACACUCCUGCGUGGACUUAAUGGCGCGCUCUUUCCAUCGGUUGGCGUUCAUGAGAUCACUGUCAAGCUCACCUGGCCUAUCGGCGACGCGUUGGCUGCGGUAUCCGGCAAAACCACUAUGAUGGUUACUGGUCCGGAGGAUAACAGACACGCCGAAGCUGCUCACAGAAUCUUGGCCACCCCUGAUACUCAUCUCGCUCUCGUACUUGGAGGAGACCAUCUCAACGAAGGGAUAGACGCUAUCAAUGCUGCACUUGGCAAUAGAACCUUACGUCCUCACUUCGCUGCCAUAGAAGCCAGGAGGUGCGCUCAGGGCCGAAAACCACUAGACCUUGACACUGCGGAAAUGUUGUUUAAAGAAAAGGGUGUCAUAAUGAGCAACAAAGAGAAGUCUAAAUUGGGUAAUCUCAUCAAUCAUGAACGGUGA